CUUCCCCCGUCUUCGAGUGGUCGUGUAAAGAUCUCGUUACGCUGGCGCCCCCUAGAGGGAAAUGGGGUCUGCACCCAUUAACUGCGGUCUCACCUCCUGGCGUUCUGGAGAGCGCGUGAGUGUAUGUUGUUAUUUCCCCGCCCGAUUAGGAGGCGGGCUGAUCCAGGACUUUAUAGGGUAGCGGAGUGCUCUGAAAAGUCAGACGCAUCUCAGGCAUUGCUGCUUCUGGCUGGAGUAGUCAUCAUCAUCUCGGUGAAGAGGUCAUCUUCUGGUGAGCCUAAAAGGAGCCAUGGCUUCUCCUCAGGACUUCCAAACAUUUGUUUUCUUUGAUGUUGAAACAACUGGCUUGCCUUAUGACAAGCCUUGCGUGGCUGAGCUGUGCUUUUUUGCAGUGAAUCGCUGUUCCCUCCAGAACUCUCCACAGGAUUUUUUACAGACCCCACAGCCACCCCGCAUUGUGGACAAGCUCACCUUUUGCAUCGAUCCCCAGAAGCCUUUCACCGCUAUAGCAGAGGAAAUAACUGGGCUGAGCAACCAUGACCUGGAAGAGAACUGCAAGCCCAAAUUCAACACUGCUGUGGUGGAGGUCCUGAGGGGUUUCCUGGAUCGGCAAACUGGCCCAAUCUGCUUGGUGGCCCACAAUGGGUUUCCCUACGAUUUCCCCCUGCUGCGUACAGAGCUGCAGCGAGUAGGAGCUGACCUGCCCCCAGACACUGGUUGCCUAGACACUCUGCCUGUCUUUAGGAAACUGGACAAAGCUGCAGAUGUGGACAAAGCUGCAAAAGUGAGCUACAAGCUGGGGGAGAUAUACCGGCGCUUCUAUGGACAAGAACCCACCAGAGCCCACUCAGCUGAAGGAGAUGUGCUCACUCUUCUUCUGGUGUUUCUGGCCAAAGCCCCUGAGCUGAUGGAGCAGGCAGCCAAAGAGGCUCGUAAAUGGGGAGAUAUCCAGCCUAUGUAUGUCCCUGAGCCUGAGGAAAGGAAAUGGCCUAACCUCCCUAAAGACUUACCGUAAUGAGCCGGAUGAGGAAGAACAAACUGAGGCUGAAUCUAAGGAAGACAGAGAUCGAAGCAGCCAGGUCGGGCAAGGAUCCAGAGAACAAGUGGUAGGCCGUACCGCUCCAAGCAGCCUGUCCACGUCAUCAGGAGUCACAGAUUGAAACUGAUCCAACCUAACACUGCAAGAGGGAUUGCUGGAUACCUCCCUCACAGACCCUGCAGAAAUAGUGGAGUCCAAGUCGGCCCGAAUACAGGAGAUUUUAUUCUCAAAGAACCCACUAAAGGCGUCACAGCAGAGUAUCUCCGGGAGCUGAUUUGAGGCAGAAGGAGCAGAGAUUAUACUCCUCACCACCCGGGAGAACUCUGCCGAACGUGAACCUGCAGAUGCAAUGCGCGCCGACCAAAAAUGCUUUUUUAGCUGUGCGCACUGCCAUUGCAUAGGUUUUCAAAUGGGUUCUAUGCUGCAUCCUGUCAGAUUCGAGCCGAGUUCUCCUCCACUUGCGUUCCAGUCGCCUACCAAGCUGCUUCAUCCCCCACAACUCCUCCAUGUACCAGGGGGCCAUCUUAGAAGCAGGCCUGGAGGGACACUUAGGAGCGAUAAUAUCUACUGCCCUGGUGAGUUCUCUAUUCCAUGUUCCCACCAGGGCAUCGACAGAAUCACCGGCCGCACCAACAUCAAAACCCUCCAAGGCCUUUUGGAAGCCUGCUGGGUCCAGCAGCCUUUUUGGGCGGACCAUCCUAAUAGGUCCAUCACCCCUGCAGGGGUGGAUUGUGACCGUGAUACCAACCUUAACCAGGUAGUGAUCUGUCCAUGACAAUGGGGUAACCACCGGAUUCCCCACCCACGGAACACCCCCCUGAUCCGAACAGAAGACCAAAUCCAGUGUGUGGCCGGCAACAUGAGUUGGUUCAAAAAUUAAUUGGGAUAGGCCCAUAGUUGUAAUGGCCGCUAUGAACUCCUGAGCCGCACCAGACAAACCAGUCCCAAAGUGGAUAUUGAAGUCCCACAGCACCAAGAGCCUGGGGGACUCCAACACCAACUCCGCGACCAGCUCCGUCAGCUCAGUUAGGGAGUCAGUUGGGCAGCGGGGUGAACGGUACACCAACAGAAUCCCCAAUCUAUCCCUAGUUCCCAGCCUCAAGAAUACACACUCAAUAUAGGUCAACUGUCUCACAGGGGCCCUGGUAAGGGAGAUAGUAUUUUUAUGGACCACAGCCACUCCACCCCCCCGCCCACUUCCCCUAACCUGCUCCACAACAGAGUAACCUGGAGGGAGAAGCUGAGCCCAUACUGGGCCACUCACUUCCCCCAACCAGGUCUCAGUUAUACAUGUUAUAUUAAAAGGAAUGCUACCUUCUUCAUGAACCCUGCGGCCUAUUCAGAUCAUCUGGGGAGGUUGGGUUGCAGUUGUCACUGGCUCAGUUGGUGCUGACCCGAAACCAAGCAUUACAGCAAUGCACUGUACAUUGGGCAGUUUUUGUCUGUAGUAUGCAGCUGCCAGAUACAAUUUUGGGAGGCUCUAGAACCCAUCAUUAGCUCUUGCUCUUCUCCAUGAGUAGCAGAAACUGAGUAAGUUAUGUAAAAUAAUGAACAUUUGCCUCAUUUAAAUAAUUUAUGUGCAAACUUCAGCUUUGUGUGUUGCAGAAUAGAAAAUAUAUAUGACAUAACUAUCUAGGCCAACAAAUGGUCUUUCUAACAAUGGCCAGCCAGGUGCCUCUUGAUUGAUUGGUCAAGUUGGGGUCAACUCUUAGCAACCACAUAGAUCAGGGCUACGCAUCUCAAAUGCCCUAGUGGGCCGGAACCAUCCACAACUUGGCAUGCAGGAGCCAAAGUCAAUUUUUACCAAAUUACAUUAAAAUUAAAAAUAUUAUUAGUUUCUUGUGGAUCUAUUCCCCCUGUCAAUGGACUUAUAGUUUCAACCAAGGAUAGUGGCCAGAACAUAGGUCCUGCCCCUGCUCAAUCAGUGGGGCCCCUAGAGUGCAUGUCAGCACCAAACAAAUGCCAAGUCCUCUUCUCUCCCUAAAUUGUCAUUGCUUUCAGGCUGCAAUCCUAGGCAUGCUUACAUGGGAGUGAGACUCACUGGGAACACCAUGGAACAUAUUUAUGAGAAAACAUGCAUAGGAUGGUGCUAUAAGGCAGUUCCCAGCUCCCGUGUUGCUGCAGGAUACCUGGGGGCCAGUAAAAUAGCCCCUGCAGGCUGAAUCUGCCCCCGGGCCUUAUGUUGUGCAAGCCUGACAUAGACAGAUCCUCUCCAGGACUAUCUGUCUUCAACUUGGCCUUUCAGGUCUCUCAGGGAUUCACUGCUGUCCUAAUUGAGUCCAUCCACCUUGCUGCUGGUCGUCCUCUUCUUCUCUUUCCUUCAACUUUCCCCAGCAUUAUGGACUUCUCAAGAGAGCUGGGUCUUCGCAUAAUGCAUCCAAAGUGUGGCAGUUUGAGCCUGGUCAUUUGUGCCUCGAGUGAAAAUUCUGGAUUGCUUCGUUCUGUGAAGUACACUGCUUGUGAACAAGGAAGUUCCACGUAACCAUUCCGGCUUAGAAAAAUUGAUAGAUUUUCUGCCGAAAGCCUUAUCGCCACCGGACUCCACUGCAAGUGACAUGCCCAACCUGCGUCUUCCCCAAGUUACAGACGUCGCGUAAACAACACAGGGCAUGCAUCUCUUCCCACGGGCGGCGCCCUCUAGAGGAAGAGGAGAGGUCUGUACCCGUAUGGAGCUGAGUUCUACAGACUACAUCUCCCAUCAACCUCCUGGGGAGCGAGUGAUGCUCGUUUCCCCUCCCCGCCCAGUCUGGAGGAGGAUUUGUAGGGCUUGCCCGUACAUGUUGCUUUCAAUUUUGCUCUGGAAGUCACGUCAGACGCAAUAAGGCUUUGCUGCUUCUGGUGGGAAUCGCCCUGGCAAAGUUAUUUGGGGAGUAUAAACUAGGGGAUGUAUUCUGGUCCCUCACUAACGUUCAUUGACCCAAUACUUUCUCUGACUUGUGAUACUGACCCCACCCUCCAAUGACAAGAACUGAAUUCCUCUGCAGAUGGUUUGAUUGAUUGAUUGAUUCCAUUUCCAUACCGUCCUUCCAAAAAUGGCUCGGGGCGGUUUACACCGGUUGUUUCCCGGAGCUUUCUAAUGUAACAUCAAGAUACAUUUUCUGGAUAAUAACACCCACUGUAGAAUG